AUGGAGGAGAUCGUGCUUGGACUGUCCAAGACGGUGGUGGAGGGGACGCUGGUCAAGGUGAAGGCGGCGAUUGACGAGGAGGCGAAGCUGAAGCUCGCGGUGCAGAGCGACCUGGUGUUCAUCACGGGGGAAUUCGAGAUGAUGCAGUCGUUCCUGAACGUCGCCGACGCGGAGCGCAUCAAGAACAACGCCGUCAAGACGUGGGUGCGGCAGCUCCGCGACCUGGCCUACGACACGGAGGACUGCAUCGAGCUAGUGGUCCACCUGGAUCCCAAGCCCAGAUGGUGGCGCCGCCUGCUGGUCCUGCCCUGCCUGCCGGCCGUGUCGCUGCCCAUGGACGACGCGGCGGCGGAGAUCAAGGAGCUCAAGGGCAGGGUGGAGUUCGUGAGCCAGAGGAACAUGCGUUACAACCUCAUCACCGACUUCGGCGGCGCCAGGUCCGUCGUGCAGCAGCAGCUUGACCGGGCCGCAGGCACGGCCGCGGCGCUCGACAUCGCCGUGGAGGCGGCGGCGAAGAAAGGUCGCAGCUUGGUGGAUCUGACAGAGUUGAUCCCCAAAAUGGAAGACCGCCCUGAGCUCGGCGUGAUCUCGGUGUGGGGCACAGGCGGCGACCUUGGGGUGGCGUCCAUCGUCAGGAAGGCCUACGACGACCCUGAAAUACGCAAGAACUUCCAGAGUCGUGGCUGGGCCAGGUUGACCCACCCUUUCAAUCCGUGGAAGAUCCUCCGAAGCUUGCUCAUUCAGUUCUGCACAAACACCGCUGCUCCUCAAAAACAAAGAGAAACUCUAGAUGUAUUGCUGAGGAUAGAGAAGACGACGGUGGAAGAAGGCGAGCUAGUCAAUCAGUUUGUGACUCAUGUGAACACUCACAGGUUCCUUGUCGUCCUGGAAGGCUUGUCAACCAUGGCGGAAUGGGAUGCCCUCCGGAUUUUCCUGCCAGACAUUGGUAACGGGAGCCAGAUCAUUGUAUCCACGCAGCAUUUCGACAUCGCGAGCUUGUGUACCGGGCAGCUGCACAAAAUUUCAGAAUUGAGAAAAUUCACUCAUGACCACUCUGUCUGUGUCUUUUUCAAGGAGGUUUCUGGAGGUGAUGAUCCUGGAAAUGCAAUGCUGGAGGGAGAUGACGAAACUGAACUUAUUGGGCGUGACACAGAAGAGGAGGAGCUUAUGGAGCAGAUUGAUGAGGUUUCCCGUGUGAUCUCUGUAUGGGGGAUCGCUGGUGUGGGAAAAUCGGCACUUGUCAGAAGUGCCUACCACAAGUAUGUGCAUGACCGUCCCAACCUUUCAGGGUUAAAUCUGAGCUUCAUACACGGGUGGGUGAACGUGCCCCAUCCCUUCAAUCUGAGGGAGUUCUGCCGCAGUUUGCUCCUGAACCUGUCCUCUGAGCCUGCUAAAACCAAAGAGGACGCUGUUGCUGAACUGGCAAACAUGACCAAUCCAGUUGAUGUCUGCCGUAGGCUUCUCAGUGACGAUCAACAGCAAAAUCAGUGCCUUAUUGUUAUCGAUGACCUGCAGUCCACUGAAGAAUGGGACAGAAUAAAACAAGCCUUGUCAUUUGGUGAAGGGUGUUGUGUCAUAAUUGUUACAAACGAUUCAAGUGUUGCCAAAUAUUGUUCAGGGCAAGAUCAACAACUCAUGUUCAACGUCAAAGGUCUUUGUGAUGUGGACGCCCUUGAUCUCUUCAACACGGUAUAUGACGGCGUAGGUAACCACAUCACACGGGAUGAGGACAUGAUCAAGCAGUCGAAGCUAAUGUUAAACAAAUGCGGCGGACUACCCAAGGUGAUAGUUGCAAUUGGUCGUUUCUUGGCCAAGAGUCUGAAUUGGGAGGCCAUGAAUACUAACUUUAUUCACCAGUUAGAAAACAACCCAGAGCUGGCCAGUAUACAUAGCCUAUUUAGCUGGCUAGACUCCUAUUUCCACAACUGUCCUGACGAACUCAAGCCAUGUAUCUUUUAUCUGUCAAUCUUCCCUCGACACCAUGGCAUUCGUCGAAGGCGUCUGGUAAGGCGGUGGAUCGCCGAGGGCUACUCAAGAGAUACUGACGGGAAUCUCGCGGAAGUGAACGGGGAAAAUUACUUCUCCAGGCUCGUCAACCUCAGCAUGCUCACAGAUGCUGAGCGUGGUGUCAACGCGGCUGGGGAAGUGACUGGAACUGGGACUAGUACUGGGAGGAAAAUGGCCAUGUGCAACGUCAACGAUUUCUUCCGGGAGUACAUUGUCUCGCGGCGGAUGGAGGAGAACCAUGUGUUUGCACUGGAGGGGAGGUGCAGCCAGACCACACGGCGCACUGGACGGCACCUGGUCAUCGACCAAAGCUGGGACGGAGACGAGAACGUGUUCAACAGGAUUGAGUUCUCCCGACUGCGGUCUGUGACGGUGUUCGGACCCUGGAAGCCAUUCCUGGCCUCCGACAAGAUGAGGGUGCUCCGGGUGCUUGAUCUGGAAGGCACUGAAGGUCUGACGGACUAUGACAUCAAGAACAUCGUCAAACGGCUUCCUCGACUGAAGUUCCUCUCCCUGCGAAAAUGCAAAAACAUUUUUCGGCUGCCGAAAUCUCUGGGUCGCCUAAGGCAGCUCCAGACCCUGGAUGUGAGGCACACUGCCGUAGCCAGGCUGCCGACAACUGUCGUGAAGCUACAGAAGCUGCAGUAUGUUCGUGCCGGUAACACACCAGCCUGUUUCUCAUGUGGCCCUGUUGGCGGUCACGUUGUCGGCGUUGAGGUGCCUCGCAGGGUCGAGAAUCUGACCAACCUGCACACACUUGGCGUCAUGAAAGCUACUGUGGCAGGACUCAAGGAGCUCAAGAAGCUUACCCAGCUGCGCAAGCUCGGCGUGUCCGGCAUCAACCGGAGAAACCACAAUGAGCUCCGCGCCGUCGUCUCUGGCCACGGCCAUCUGGAAUCCCUGUCGAUAUGGCUUGACAAGGACACCGAGGGGACUGCUGACCCUUGUUCGGCGAGCAGUGAUGACUUCAAGCCUCCAGAGAAGCUACGGAGGCUCAAACUCCAUGGGCACACCGACAACCUGCCAGCAUGGGUUAGCAAGUCUCACUAUGCUGCAUUAGGUACAAGUGCUAAGGUCUCUUUUGUUGGCUUUCUAGCGUCUGCCUAUAUGUGUUACUAA